AUAGUUUCGCUUUUCCAGAGCCGUGCCAAGAAAGGCGAGAGACGAGAACUUUAUGCAAGCGAUGCAGAACUGCGUGCUCACGGGCGCAACCCGAGGAGGGGAACGUAUAUAAGCGUCCUGUGAGGCGCCGGUUGAGCAAAAACGGUGCAAAGGGAGUAGCAUUGCUAACAUGUAUAACGAACAUUUACAACUUCCCUGUAUCGGCAGCGACGAAUUGUAUUUUCCGUCACUUCUGCUAAGUUGUCAGCGAUCUGUCAAUCAGUGUGACUUCACGCGCAACACGCCCUUGAGCUUUCAGUUCCGCGAGGCGUUCUCUUGCCAUCUCCGCUCCCCCCCCUGCUCCGCCUGAGAUAAUGUGUGGGCGCGUGUGCGCGUGGACUCGGGAGUAAUCGGAAGGCGCAAGCAAAGGAGGAGAGAGAGCGCGAGAGGCAGAGAGAGAGAGUGCAAGCAAGGAGGGGAGAGAGAGAGAGCGCAAGCAAGGAGGGGAGAGCGAGAGAGAGAGAGAGAGGAGCGCGUCCUCUCUCGGUGCACUUUGCAGUUAGUUGCGGGCUUCUGUUGCUGGUGUGGCGGAUUGCUGGUCGCAGGGAACUUUACCACACUGGAUCCCAAAGUCCGUCUCUCUCACGUGCGCAGUUCGGAGCUGCCAUGGAUCUUGCGCCUGGAUUGGCAUUCUUAAUUAUUUUGCCGUUAUUUCUGCACACGAACGGUCUCUAUAUCGCCAGUAGCGUAGGCUCCCUGCAGCAGGUGCUGGGGGAGUAUGGACUGGUCAGGCCGGUGAGCACAGACGCUGAGGGCAGGUUCCUGUCGCACGUCGUGUCGGCCGGCCGUUCGGGCGGGCAGCCCCGUAGGCGCUGGCGGAGAGAGACGGGAGCGGCGGAGCACCGGGGGACGGAGCAGGAGGAGGAGGACAACGAGGAGGAUGAGGAGGAAGGGCGCGGCGGCGCCGGCGGCGGCGGCGGCGGCCGGCUCUUCUACAACGUCACGGUCUUCGGCCGGGAGUUCCACCUGCGCCUGCGGCAGAACGCGCGGCUGGUGGCGCCCGGGGCCAAGGUGGAGUGGCAGGACGACGACGGCGACGGCGUCGGUGGCGGCGGCGGCGGCGGCGGGGGCGAGGGGACGCGGAGCGAGCCGCUGAGAGCCGACUGCCUCUACGUGGGCGACGUCAGCGGAGUGAGCGGCGCGUCCGUCGCCAUCAGCAACUGCGACGGCCUGGCUGGGAUGAUCCGCACGGAGCAGGAGGAGUUCUUCAUCGAGCCCCUGGAGCGCGGAGGUCACGUGACGGGGGAGGAGGAGGGCGGAGCCGGGCGGCAGCACAUCGUGUACCGCUCCUCGGCCGUCAAGAAGCCGCCCGCCAACCUGUCGGAGGACUUCCACUCCAGAGGAGGAGCGGAGCUGGGGGGGCUGCUGGACCUGGAGACUCUGUACCGGGGGGUGGAGCAGAACCUGAACCAGAGCAGACGGGCCCGGCGCCAGACGGUGGACCGGGCCUACAACAUCGAGGUGCUGCUGGGCGUGGACGACUCUGUGGUGCAAUUCCACGGCAAGGAGCACGUGCAGAAGUACCUCCUCACCCUCAUGAACAUCGUGAACGAGAUCUACCACGACCAGUCCCUGGGGGCUCGGAUCAACGUUGUUCUGGUGCGGAUCAUCAUGCUGGGCUACGGAAAGUCCAUGAGCCUGAUAGAGCUGGGGAACCCGUCUCAGAGUCUGGAGAAUGUGUGUCGCUGGGCCUUCCUGCAGCAGAAGCAGGACUCGGGCGACGCGGAGUACCACGACCACGCCAUCUUCCUCACCCGCCAGGAGUUUGGGCCCACCGGCAUGCAGGGUUACGCCCCAGUGACGGGCAUGUGCCACCCGGUGCGGAGCUGCACUCUGAACCAUGAGGACGGGUUCUCCUCUGCAUUCGUAGUGGCACACGAGACCGGACAUGUGCUGGGUAUGGAGCACGACGGCCAGGGGAAUCGCUGUGGAGACGAGGUGCACAUGGGGAGCAUCAUGGCCCCAUUGGUGCAAGCUGCCUUCCAUCGCUUCCACUGGUCCCGCUGCAGCCAGCAGGAGCUGGGCCGCUACCUGCAUUCCUACGACUGUCUCCGUGACGACCCCUUCGACCACAACUGGCCGUCGCUGCCGCGGUUACCGGGGAUCCACUACUCCAUGAACGAGCAGUGCCGCUUCGACUUCGGCGCCGGCUACAUGAUGUGCACUGCGCUGCAAAAGGUGGGCCAGUCAGGAACACAGGUAAGGCAUUACCCCCCCCCAUCCCCCCCCCUUCUUUGGAGCGGUGUAGCCACAUGUUUGUUUUCUGCCAAUCAAUAUUAUCGUCGUUACUUCCUUAAUGGUGUCAUUCUUUUUUUUUUCGUUUUUCCGUUUUUUCUGUUUGUCGCCAUUGUGGUCAUUUUAUGGGCACGCGUGCUGCAGGACACUAAAGGCUAACCCCCCAUGUUCCUGCCGCACGCUGGUCCGUCCGAGCGCUUCACGACUCCGGAGAGAGAGAGAGGAGGACGUUCUUUUUUUUUUUUUACCCGUCUCCUCUCGCCUCAUUAUUUCAGUUGAAAUUUGAAAAUUUAAGCUUCCGAAAGAUAUAGCUACGCUUAUUCGCCAUGAAAGUGCCAGUGCCACGGGGAUUGGACAUUUCCCACUUGCUGUAAAUACUGGGAAAGUCGUAUUUUUGGUUUUAGUUUUAUUUCAUGUUCAAUGGCUGCUAGCUAAUGUUACCGUGUCGGCUAGCUAGGCACCUUGAUUAACUAUGUUAAUUUUACUUAGCCUGUAAGUCAGCUACUAACUUUACCUGAUGCUAACGUGCUAGGUUAUCUCAGGUAAUGGAGCGAGUAGGUCAAGUGUCUGUGUACGUCAGUUUUUUUCCGCGAUUUAUUACUUUAGACCCGAGGUCGUCCAGCCUUUUCUGAAAAGGGCCGGUGUGGGUGCGGGUUUUUGUUUUAGUCCAGGACUACCACACCUGUUUUAACCAAUCACGGUCUUCGGUCAAGCCCUUGAUGAGUAGAAUCAGGUGCCUUGGGCGUUGGGCUAAAACUAAAACCUGCACCCACACCGGCCCUUUUUCGGAUAAGACUGGACGACCCCUGUUUUAGACGCAUCACUAAAAAGUGAGUCGGUGCCUUUCAUGGGACAACCGCAUCCACCGUGCGGUCUCUAGCCAGUUGUUGCUACGGUGCGUUACUACGGCGAUGAUGCUGCGUGCGUUACUACGGCGAUGAUGCGGCACUUUCAUGGCGCGAGAGUCUCGCCUCUUUCGUCUUCUUCCGGCUGUCUGACAGGGGGUGAUAACGUAGCGACGCGGUUACUGUGAGCUCUGGCGUAGAAACCCGAGGGGAUCUCCUGCAGUCAGAGGGGCGCGUCGGGUUUGUCGGUUAGAAACAGAGCAACGCAGGUGUUGACUGGUGGACACUUCCUGGGGACCCAUUUUCUGUAUCUGUGCAUUGCCGAUAGGCAUCCACCAAUCGCCGUUGCUGUUGUUCUGUUUGCUGUUUAUCUAACGUGCUCUGUGAUUGGUGGAGCUCCUCUUGGGAUUCUGUGUAGAAUGAACCCCAGUCUCCGUGCGUGGAGGGCGUGGGGUAGAUUCUGCUCCCACUGGCUGACCCUAGAUCAGUCCCAGCUCACGUCACUUAAUGGCCGUGGUCCAGACUAACAGGGGAUCCACUGAUCCAGGGUCAGCCCUUAAGGGUAGAGUCUGCCUGGAGUGGGGGGGGGGUGGCGUCCGCCUGGAUCUAAAGUUGCUAGGGGCGACCAAAUGAGAGAUGAGGAUGGGGGCGUCAGCAAAGGUGGCUGACGACGUCCCACUCCUGGAUUAAAAUUUUUUAGAGCGGCAAAUUUUCUUCGCCUCCGUAGGCUGCGCAUAAUCAGCUGUUUCAACCCUGCCGCAUCUUCCUCAUCGUUUGAUUUCGUUUGCAUGCGUUGGCUUUGUGUCCGUGACCUCUGCCCCCCGAGAGGCAGCUGUGAGCCGUGCGGUGGCUACAUGACGUCAGCCUGGAUGGGUCCACGUUUGUGCUUCUCUGCCCAUCGCACAGAUGCACCUUCCGUCCAGUGCUGCUCUGGGCCUCUCUCUGCUGUGUGUGUGUGUGUGUGUGUGUGUGUGUGUGUGUGCUGCUGUGUGUGUGUGUGUGUGUGUGUGUGUGCGUGUGUGUUGAGUCUCUCUCUGCUGUGUGUGUGUGUGCGUUUCUGAGUCUUUAUCUGGUGUGUGUGUGUGUUGAGUCUCUCUCUGCUGUGUGU